AUGGAAAACGACAUGGCAUCCUCGCCCUAUUACACGGUGGUCCGCCCCAGCAAUUGCCUUGACCGCAUGUUCUACCUUCAACACCGGGUGGGAGCACAGUCAAAUGUUUUGGUCUCAGCGCACUACGCUCCAACGACCCCAAGUCAUGAUCGCCUCCCGAAGGAGGCAGUUUAUUCGGCUGUUUAUUCCAUCGUUGAAACGUACCCCGAGCUGAGUCUCAUUGCGGUUCGGAAAGCGUCCAAAAAUAGGAAGCAGCACCGCUUGCUACUCGCAGCGAUGCAUGAGAUUGACCUCGAGACAUGUAUCGAAUUUCACGAUGAUGAGGAACCCGUUGCUGGUCCAAAUGUCAUCGAACGUCUCCACAAUGAGUGGUGUUGGACUGAUGAACAGUCCAAUCCUCGAACGCCCUUGUGGAAGGUGGUGGUUCUUGGGGGCCGUGAAGUCAUCUUCGUCUUCCACCACAUCAUUUGCGACGGUCGUUUUGGCCAAAUCUUCCACCGCGAGUUCCUUGCUACUAUCAACUCUUUUGACAAAGACCACAAACCCUCUUCCCAUAUCGUCAAGGUAGACCCAGAGAGAGUCAAGCUGGGCAAAGAGACAGAAGAGUUUUGGACAAGCAGCACCUCUGUACUUCGCAUUAUCCACGUCUUCCUCAUGUUUAUUCUACUUCGAUUCUUCGUCGGGAGACGACUUCUGUUCACAAACUUACCCAAGCCAAAACAACACACCGCGUCCGUCUUGAUCCAAGCUGGCCCCGAUAAUCAAACCAAGACACGAGUCGCCACCAUCCGCAUCUCGGCCGCCAGAAUGCGCCCCAUCAUCACCGCUUGCCGAGAGCGCAAGGCCAGCUUUACACCCCUUCUCAUCGUCAUGAUUCUUUCCACCCUCGCUUGCGAUUACUAUCCUAAGGCCAAGGUUGGCAUUUCAAAUUGCGCCAUUGAUAUGCGGUCGCUGUAUCCGCAGGAGGAAGAUGGGGGGAGACUUCUCCAAUGUGCUGGCGGUACCGGGGAGCUCACCUGGCUAGACCGGUACCGCCGAAUAUAUCGGUCCCAGUCCAGCGAGAAGGGACAUAUUACAAUGGACGUUGAUAGGGCAUGGCAACUUGUGAAAGACUAUCGAGCCUCUAUCGCCAAGUCGACUGCAGGAAAAGAGCCUCCGGUACUCGUGACAUUUCGAGCGGGCAAUGCCAUCGCGGAUGAUCUGGAGGGCAUGUUGAAGUCCACAUUCCCGGCUUUAGGUCUGUAUCUCAACAAUUGCAUCCAAGUAUCGAACCUAGGAUCGUUCUCAGUCACGGAACAAAACGGACAGUGGACAAUCCAUGACAUGAGCUUCUCAGCUUCCACAGUCAAUGGAAACAUUAGCUACAACAUUGCUGUUCAUGUUACGGGUGUGGAGGGGGGCGAUACAGUUGUGAAUGCAUCAUAUGAGGACGGGAUCUUCACAGAAGAGACGAUUACUGGCAUUUUGGAGGGGACAUUGGAGAGAAUUGAGGCCAUGACGUAG